AUGUCCAGCGCCGCCUGUAUUUUCUGCAAGAUCAUCAAAGAAAUCCCCUCGCUCAAAAUCUUCGAAAGUGAAAAAACACUUGCCUUUCUCGACAUCGGCCCCUUGAGUCGCGGUCACUCUCUCAUAAUCCCCAAACACCACGGCGCAAAGCUCCACGACAUACCCGACGACCAGCUCUCAGAGAUCCUCUCCGUAACGAAGAAGAUUGCACAAGCACAGCGCCUGGUCGACUACAACGUGCUGCAGAAUAACGGGCGCGCGGCCCAUCAGUUGGUCGAUCAUGUGCAUUUUCAUCUGAUUCCGAAGCCGAGUGCGGACGAGGGGUUGGGGAUUUCGUGGCCGACCAAGGAGGCGGACAAGGGGGAGUUGGCGAGCUUGUUGGAGGAGAUUAAGAGUAGGAUGUAA